AUGGACGACUAUAUGAGUUACAACUACUACCAGCAGCCUCCGACGGGAGAUAUCUAUGGACCACCGCCAAUCGGAAUGGAAGAUCCCAUGGCUGUGAUGCAAUCAAAAACGAUGGAGCCGCCACCACCUCCGCCAAUCAUCAUCUGUCCAACAGAGGUUGACCAUAUCAAUGUGACUCUUGAGAAGAACCAGCAGUGCAAAUGCAAAGAUUGUGGAAAAUUAUUCAACUCGGUUUGGUAUUUGAAGCAGCAUGCCGUUAAACAUUCCAAUGAUCGGCCGUUUAAAUGCAAAUUUUGCCUGAAAACCUAUAAAUUCCGGUCGAACCUUUAUCAGCACAAAUGUCCAGAAAGGCAGAAAUCUCUUCAGCAAAGACGACGUGGUGGUGCUACCGGACCACUUAUAUCAACAACAAAAAGAGUUGAGGCUACGGAAUACAAGCCAAAGGAAAUACCUCCCGCUGCAGAACAAAUGCCACCACCACCUCCUAUCACAUUUCCUGAAGUUGAAGAUAACGAUGCUCCAAUUACCUAUGGUCUUGUAAUCCAAAAUAUUGACCAGAAUCAACUUCAGAUGAACAACAACUUUGCACCAGCACCAAUGCAAACAGUCGAGCCAUUGAUGAACAAUGACAUGGAGAACUCAUUCGAAAACCAAGCUGAAUACGAUAACCGUGUCCGCAGCCAACAGCUUCCAUCUCAGCAGAUUGAAGACUUUGUACAGAAGAACAAGCAAAAGCUCUUCUCUUGCCGCAAAUGCCGCGUGUUCCUUCCCACCGAGGAAUCCCUUCUUCGUCAUAACGCAUCUCAUAAUGGAGAUGACUUGUUCCCUUACAAAUGCGCCAAUUGUCGUCAGGCUUUUGAAACGGAAAAAGAGCUCCGCAGGCAUGCCCAAUUGCAUUCUUUGGAAGAAGGUCCUUGGAGAUGUGAUGAAUGCUUUGGGCAGUUCAGAAGUUCAGUAGCCCUUCGGCGUCAUAAGGAUCAAUAUCGGCCAUGUUUCCUACCACCAGUUCAGAAUAAUAUUAUGGUGUCAGUUCAUUCUCCAAUCGACCCAUUUUCUUUCAUUCCGGACAGCGACAAUCUCUUCCUUCCGGUUUGCGAAGAUCACGCAUUGGCGGGAGCAGAUAGCGGCAUUGGAAGCGAAGGAUCUCCGAACAGUCUCUCACAAGCGUCGCCGGAUCGCUUCAGGUUCGAAGAGGCAAUAAAUAUAAUCGACGACAAGAAACAGGAAAAAGAGGACGACGAGGACUCGGGAUUCCGUUCACGUCUCGGCUCCGUCAACCAGUCAUGCUCACCGGAUUCGUUCUCAUCGCAGGCCGACUCGCCGCCACGCAAACUCUCUGGCGGCAUGGACAGCACCAAACCGCACGAGUUUCUCAAUGCGUUCGGCAGUGGCCCAACUUACGGACGCAAACUUUUUUUUGAGCAGCCUGUCGGAGGUGGUGGCGGCGAUAACUUCACCUUGAUGGAUGAUAUUAUCACCAAUUCCGACAUAGUAAUGCUUCCCAAAGCUCACCCAUCCGCCGGUGUUGAGCUUGAAAUUUCUCCUCGAAUCAACUUCAAACUUCCGUAUAACAUCAAAAGAGAAAUUUCCAUUGAAUUUGUCACUUCUCAUUUCCAAAUGCUUGAACUAGAUAACAGCGAAGGCAAUGGUGAAUGGACGAAUGAUGGUUAUGAUCAUCCGUCUGAAUGGAAUUGUGAAGAUGUUGAGGAAAAAAUGAUAAUCUUCCUUAUUGGUCUGUACAUUGAAAUGGUUUUCCGAAAGCAGGCUCAAAUGCUCUGCGACCUCACCCUUCUUGCCAUGUUUAUCUAA